UAACUUUCUGUAAAUAUAGCUUAGUCAAAAAGAGACGGCAAUAAGCAGAGCACUUAAGAAACAACACCAUACUACUGGCCAUGUCCCUUGGCCGGUAUAUUGGCUGGUCGAUACUUGCCUUCACUUAUUUAGUGUUGGCCAUCUUGCUUCGUCUUAUCUUUCUCCAACCUUCAAAAACCUCGAGAGCGUCGUAUCGACCCAAAGAUGCCAAAUGUUCCUUGGGCGUUUUCCUGGGGUCUGGCGGCCAUACUAGUGAGAUGAAGGCUUUGUUGUCGACACUGGAUUAUGAACGAUACCAGCCUCGAACGUACAUCUACUGCCAUGGUGAUGAUCUGUCUUUGAGAGCCGUCUCAGACAUUGAAUCGAGCAAGGGAGGUUUGAUAUCAUCCAAGAUGUACUAUCUGUUAAGCCUCCCACGGGCUCGUCGUGUAGGCCAACCACUAUUGUCAACAAUGGUUUCAGUUUUGAAAACACUCUACAUUGCAGCCCUAAGGCUCUUUCUAAUCCCUCUACUGAAAAACCCACGACGGCCAUUCGUUGAUCUUUUGAUCGUCAAUGGCCCAGGUACAUGUGUUGUUUUGGUUCUAGUAUCAUAUAUUCGUCGGAUACUAGGUUUAGAAUAUACUCGUAUUAUCUACGUGGAAUCAUUCGCUAGAGUUAAAAGCCUGUCUUUAAGUGGGAAGAUGAUCAGACCGCUUGCAGAUCGUUUUUUGGUCCAGUGGCCCGAUGCUAGUGACAGCGAUAAUGUCAUACACAAAGGGCUUUUAGUGUGAUUAGUAUAAUGCAUAUACGCUAUAAUAUCCAGGUCGUCUACAAGAGAUUUACAACAACAAUUAUACUUUACUCUAGACUGCC